AGCUAGUCAGUUACAAAGUUUCCUUUUUACUCUCUCUCUCUUUCUUCUUCCCGAUCUUUUGCCAAUACAGGAAGAUGGUUCGCAAACUACCAACGAGAUCUUCUUCUUCGUUCUUCCUCCAGUUAUAUCAGGUCGUCAAUGACCGUUCGUCUGAUCCGAUCAUCUCUUGGAGCAAAAGCAACAACCACAGUUUCGUCGUUUGGGACUUGAAAAAGCUUCACAUUCUUCUCAAAUCCUCCUCUGUAUUGGGCAGAACCUUAACAGCGUUUUGGGUAAAAUUGAGCUCUAAUGGCUUUCGAAGUGUAGAAAAAGGUCCUGGGGUGUUUGAGUUUGAACAUGAUGAUUUCGCCAGAGGCCCUCUGAUGAAGAAGAUGAUGGUCAAACCCUUGUCGGAGAGGAUUGAGACAGAGAAGAUGAUGGUCAAAGCCUUGUCGGAGAGGAUUGAGAGGUUCGAUGCUCAAAUCAAAAUCAUAAAGUGUAGACUCAAAGCCAAGAAAGCUUCCCUCAAUGUUGAGACUCUCUUUCAAAACUUACGUAUCUGAUCAACCAAGAAAAAAAAUUCAAGAAAAUCUCCAAAUCAAGAAAAGGCUAGAGAAUCUCUUACUGAUCUGAUCAAAGCUGAUAUAUUAAAC